CAGAGCGUGUGGGCGGGAAGAGGUGAUGACCGGCAGGCUGUUCGUCCAAUGAAAGGUACAGACGCUAAUGUAGGGUGCGGGCGGCUGUGUAGAGGCCGGUGUUUGUGGAAGCUGUGUGAGAGAUGGCGGAACCCCUGAGAAGACGUGGUCCGAGGUCCCGCGGUGGCCGCGCUGGCCGAGGCGCUCGGAGAGCCCGAGCCGCCCGUGGCCGGUGUCCUCGCGCCCCGCGGUCUCCGACUAGGCUCAUUCCAGACACCGUGCUUGUGGACUUGGUCAGUGACAGCGACGAAGAGGUUCUGGAAGUGGUCGCGGACCCAGGAGAGGUGCCUGUCGCCCGCCUCCCCGCACCGGCCGCACCUGAGCAGGACAGCGACAGUGACAGUGAAGGGGCGGCCGAGGGGCCUGCAGGAGCCCCGCGUACAUUGGUCCGACGGCGGCGGCGGCUGCUGGAUCCCGGGGAGGCGCCGGUGGUUCCUGUGUACUCCGGAAAGGUACAGAGCAGCCUCAACCUCAUUCCUGAUAAUUCAUCCCUCUUGAAACUUUGUCCCUCAGAGCCUGAAGAUGAAGCAGAUCUGACAGAUUCUGGCAGUCCUCCCUCAGAGGAUGCCCUGCCUCCAGGUUCCCCCUGGAAAAAGAAGCUGAGGAAGAAGCAUGAGAAAGAAGAAAAGAAAAUGGAAGAGUUUCCGGACCAGGACAUCUCUCCUUUGCCCCAACCGUCAUCAAGGAACAAAAGCAGAAAGCAUACCGAGGCGCUCCAGAAGUUAAGGGAAGUGAACAAGCGUCUCCAAGACCUCCGGUCCUGCCUGAGCCCCAAGCAGCACCAGAGUCCAGCCCUUCAGAACACAGAUGAUGAGGUGGUCCUAGUGGAAGGGUCUGUCUUGCCACAGAACCCUCGACUCUUUACACUCAAGAUCCGGUGCCGGGCUGACCUAGUCAGAUUGCCUGUCAAGACGUCGGAGCCCCUUCAGAAUGUGGUGGAUCACAUGGCCAGUCAUCUUGGGGUGUCCCCAAACAGGAUUCUUUUGCUCUUUGGAGAGACAGAGCUGUCCCCUACUGCCACCCCUAGGACCCUAAAGCUUGGAGUGGCUGACAUCAUUGAUUGUGUGGUGCUAGCAAGUUCUUCAGAGGACACAGAGACAUCCCAGGAGCUUCGGCUCCGGGUGCAGGGGAAGGAGAAACACCAGAUGUUGGAGAUCUCACUAUCUCCUGAUUCUCCUCUUAAGGUCCUCAUGUCACACUAUGAGGAAGCCAUGGGACUCUCUGGACACAAGCUCUCCUUCUUCUUUGAUGGGACAAAGCUUUCAGGCAAGGAGUUGCCGACUGAUCUGGGUCUGGAAUCUGGAGAUCUCAUCGAAGUCUGGGGCUGAAGCUCCCUCACUGUGAUCAGACGCAGAGCCAAGACAUGUGGACAUUAGCUCCCACUUUCAUUAUUAUUAUUUCUUGCCCCAUAAGGGCUAACAGAAGCUGAACUAGAACUCGUUUACUUAUUUAUUUCUGGUGCUGGGGAUCAAACCCCGGACUCUGCACAUGCUAAGGAUGUAUGAAAUUGAGGCAAAACCAAAGCAUUCCCUUUGGCCUGCCUCCAGUAGACUGUAGUGUCAAGCAGGUGACUACUUGGUAGUUGUAUGACUGUGUGUAUGUUUAUGCUGUAUUUGGCAUCCCCUGGGGCACAGAGAAGGAAUCUUGGCUUCCCUACCCUUUCACGUUCACUAGUGCCCUUUACUUCAUCAGAUACCUGUUCUGUGAAGCUGCCUAUGUUCAGUGUGUUGAACUAAAUGAGCAUUGCUUUGGAUGUCCAUGCCUGGGGUUUGUGCCACAGCUGGGGCCAAUAGUGACUUUCAUUCUUAUUCGGGGGCUGAGAAUGCAGUUUGAGGUACAUUCCCUGGUGGGGACACUCGGUUGCAGGAAGAUAUACAGGCGAUGACAUAAUGCUGAAGCUGAGGACUAGGUAGGAAAGUGCGUCAGUUUAAAAGUCUUAGUCGUGUCCCGCCCUGCAUAUCCACUCUGCUGGGACUCUAGCCAGGGUCUGGCACACACUUCCUGGCAUGGACACCUAGCCACAUUCAGGCACAUGCAGCUGUUGAGUGUGAGAUCUCUCUACUUCUUGGUCUUCCUCCCUCACACUCUUUCCUGUUAGUAUCUACCUAGGAUAUUUGUACCUUCGAAUAUGAAUGUCCAUAUGAGAGAAAGUUCUGAAAGCAUGUGGUUUUACUGUAUGUACACGGUGUUGUGCAAUAGACCGCCUGUCUUCACUCAGAGUGAGUAACAGUCUAGCCAUGUUAACACUUUCUAGAUCCGUUGUUGCUCUGAUCUGUGGGUGCCACAUUGUGACAUUAGGUGAUUUUACUCACACAUUGCCUUAAGUGGGGGAAGCCUGAGUCUCCAGCUCCUUGGAACCUAUGCCAGGCCACAGCAAAUAUCUUAUGUGUCCCCUCUGGGCCACGGUAGGUCCUGCUCUGCUGUACUUGUCCAGGCUGGGACUGUGGGCUAUACAGGCUCAUUUUUUCCUCUCGGUUUCUCCAGAGUUUUCUUUAGAAUGUGGACUGGCCUUUCUUGGGACUUCUCUUUCCUUAUCCUUACCAGCAUGGUGUUGUUGAAAUCCUGAUUUUGGCAGUUGGUGUGUAUAAAGUACCACAUAUCUUAAUGUCCCUUUACUGAUGACAAUUUCUUAUGCAUGGCCGCCUUCUGGAUUUUCUUUGUUUAGCUGCUAUUUUCUCGUGAGGUGGCUUCCUUUUGUGUGUGUUUCUUUUCCUUGAGGAGUUGCUUGUGUUCUGGGCAGUUGCAAAAAAACCCCUCAGAAUAGCACUUUGUGUAUCCAGGGGAUUUUCACCAAAUAGACAUUCUUAAUUUUAAUGUAGACAGUUGGCUUUUGUUAGGAAGUUUUUGUUUUGUUUUGUUUUGUUUUGUUUUUAAAGGAAAAUACUAAAGAGCUUCAAGAGUGGGAGGGACUCUAGUGGAGAAUCUCAGGAUUGAUACUUUUGGAUUUCUAGGCUAGUUUAAGAAACUUUGAUUUUCUUCUGUUAGCUCCAUAGUUGGUUUUUUUUGUUUUUUUGUUUUUUUUUUUCUCUCAUAUUGAGACCACUAAUGAAACUAGAGUUCUAACUGGUCUACCCUGGUGUAAGUAGACUGUUCUGAGCCCUCAACCCUGAUUCUCACUGGUUGCUUCUGGGCUGUGCUGGUUGCUGACUAUUGUAUGUUACUUAUAAACUGUCUGAAAUGCACCUUUGUGGGGGAGAACAACUUUUAUUUUUAAUUAUAAUGAGCCAGUUUUCUAAGCUUUGUCUAUUAAAGUAAAAUUAAUCUACUAAUAUGUGGUCCGAUUUUCACAAAAGUAUGUCAACUCCUUUUUUUGUGAGAAUAUAUGCUAUUCCUUUGACUUUUGUAACAUUUAAAAAAUCCAUGAUAUACUAUGACUUCCAGGUCUUUCAGGUCUUGAGUGCCCAUUAAUGAGUCUGAACACACUAAUAUGUAUCCAAUCUCAACUGAAUAAAGGGAGAGCACUUGCUGGUU